AUGGCCGGUGCAAUGUUAUUUGAGAGAUCACGCGUCUCUUCGUCAAAUAGAGACGAAGACGUCCGCAUGACCGACAAAAUGGUUAGCACUGGUGAGGUUCCUGAGGAUGACGAAGAAAACAUACGAGCAAAAGAACAAGGAAUCUUGAAUCUUGGUGAAAAGUACAAGAAAGAGGGAAAAGCAAAAGAACUUGCAGAGUUAAUAAAAGCCACUAGACCAUUUCUCAGUUUGAUAAGUAAGGCCAAGGCUGCCAAAUUGGUGCGGUCUCUGGUCGAUUUCUUCCUGGACUUAGAAGCAGGCAUCGGCAUUGAAGUGCAACUGUGUAAAGAAUGUAUCGAAUGGGCAAAAGAAGAACGCAGAACUUUCUUGAGGCAAUCACUCGAAGCCAGGCUCAUUGCUCUAUACUACGACACUGGUAUGUACACAGAGGCCUUAGAUCUGGCUACUGCCCUGCUCAAAGAGUUAAAGAAGCUUGAUGAUAAAAAUUUACUUGUAGAAGUGCUUUUGUUUGAGAGCAAAACCUACCAUGCUCUCAGUAAUUUACCCAAAGCAAGAGCUUCAUUAACAUCAGCUAGGACAACUGCAAAUGCAAUUUACUGUCCACCAAAAAUGCAAGCUGCCUUAGACUUACAGUCUGGAAUAUUACAUGCUGCAGAUGAAAGAGACUUUAAAACUGCUUACUCAUACUUUUAUGAAGCGUUUGAGGGUUACGACGGCGCUGAUAGUCCGAAAGCCCUUACCGCUUUAAAAUAUAUGUUGUUAUCUAAAAUCAUGCUCAACCAGGCUGAAGAAGUGGCAACUAUAUGUGGAAGCAAAACUGCUCUGAAGUAUGCUGGCAAAGAGAUGGAGGCUAUGCGUGCAGUUGCAACAGCAUCGCACAAAAGAUCACUGGCAGACUUUCAAGCAGCAUUAAAAACUUACAAACCAGAACUGGAAGAAGAUGCAGUUGUCCGUGCACAUCUUGGGGCACUUUAUGAUACAAUGUUAGAGCAGAAUUUGUGCCGUAUAGUAGAACCAUAUAUGAGGGUUCAAGUUGACCAUGUUGCUCGUUCAAUCCGUCUCCCAGUAGUACAAGUAGAAAAGAAACUAUCCCAAAUGAUACUUGAUAAGAAGUUAAAUGGCAUCCUGGAUCAGGGUGAAGGUGUACUUAUAGUGUUUGAUGAAUCGCCUCUAGAGAAGACCUAUGAGACUGUCUUGGAGACCAUCCACCACAUGAGUAAAGUUGUUGAUACAUUAUACCAGAAGGCUAAGAAACUUUCA